UUCCAGGUUGAUGUCGCCAUGCAGCACUACGGAGUGAACGGGUACUCCCUGCACGCCAUGAACUCGCUCAGUGCCAUGUACAACCUGCACCAGCAGGCAGCUCAGCAGGCCCAGCACGCCCCCGACUACCGGCCCUCCGUGCACGCCCUCACCCUGGCAGAGAGACUGGCCGGCUGUACAUUUCAAGACAUCAUUUUGGAGGCACGUUAUGGAUCCCAGCACCGCAAACAAAGGCGAAGUCGCACGGCCUUCACUGCCCAGCAGCUGGAGGCACUGGAGAAGACCUUCCAGAAGACUCACUACCCAGAUGUGGUGAUGAGAGAGCGGCUGGCUAUGUGCACAAAUCUGCCUGAAGCCAGAGUCCAGGUUUGGUUCAAGAACCGGAGGGCCAAAUUCCGCAAGAAGCAGCGGAGCCUUCAGAAGGAGCAGCUGCAGAAGCAGAAGGACUGUGAAGGGAACCACAAUGAGGGAAAGACAGAGCCACCCAUGCUGGAGACCCAGGCCACCACCCCAGACACAGAGAAGGUCCAGAGUCUUCCGAGUGAGGUGGGUGCAGACCUCAACCUAACCCUGUCAGAGCAGUCGGCCAGUGAGUCUGCACCCGAGGACCAAACCGACAGAGAGGAGGAGUUUAAGAGCACCUUGGAGGAGGUUAAAGUGGACAAGAGCCCUGAUGUGGACAGCAAGGCUUUGAACUGCAAGAGAGGGAGCCCAAAAGCAGAGUCCCCUAUCAGUGCGACUGUGACACCCUCAUCCAGCAGUGCCCUGGCUCAGACUCACUCCUACUCCUCCUCGCCCCUGAGCCUCUUCCGCCUGCAGGAGCAAUUCCGCCAGCACAUGGCAGCCACCAACAACUUGGUCCAUUACUCCUCCUUUGAAAUGGGGACACCGUCUGCCAUGCCCUACUUGGGCAUGAACGUCAACAUGGCCCCACUGAGCUCCCUGCACUGUCAGUCCUACUACCAGUCGCUCUCCCACGCUCAGCAGGUCUGGUCCUCACCCAUCCUGCAGGCCUCCAGCUCCCUUCCAAGCCUGAACAGUAAAACGACCAGUAUUGAGAACCUAAGGCUCCGGGCAAAGCAGCACGCCGCGUCCCUUGGCCUGGACACCCUACCCAACUGA